AUGAUUAUCCCAAUUUUUGCUUCCUUAAUAUUGCUCUUCCUCUAUGUUUUUGUUAUCAAACCCUUAUGCCCAAUGAUUAAACUCAAGAUGUAAUUUGGACAAGAUUGCAAUAUGUAAUAUAACUUCUUCGGCAGAGACAUAUGGAAAAGAUUGAGAGAUAUGAAGAUUUUUAACGAUAUCUUCUGGAGUGAUAAGGAAGAAUAUAAAAAGCAACCAUAUAAAUUCAAAGUUUCUAACUCAUUUUGGAAAAUACAAAUACAGGUGGCUGAUCCGGAGUAUUACAAACAGAUGCUACAUAAUCCUCAUUAUUAUGAAAAGGCUAAUAACAUCGCGGAUAAGUACAAUUGUAUUAGAUUUAAGGCAUUUAUUGUAAAAAGGAUUAAUUUUUGAGACUAGAGAUCAAUGGAAGGCCCAAAGAAGGAUUUUAGCUGAUCAAUUUCAAUAUCAAUAACUUACAAGUAGAUUGCCUAUGAUAAAUAAAAUUAUUCUUGAUGGUAUCACCAAGAUUGGUUCUUAGAACAAUUUAUUUGAAUAAUUAGAACUUAUCACAGGAAAAGUUGUCAUAUAGAGUUUUUUUGGAGAUUCGAUGGAUGGUUUGAAAAUAAACAACAAGGAUCUUUAAGUAGAAGUAACAGAGUUGAUAAAUGAUAUGGGAGAGUUAAGAUUUAAAUCUAAAUAUGUGUUUAUCAAAAGACUUCUAUUGGGUACAUGGGCCUGGAAUAUAUUUCCAAUUUAAGAAGAAAUGAAGAUUGAACAAAGGAUCUUUAAACUUAAAACUAUGAUUGAAAAAGUAAUUCGAAAGAGGCUAAUAGAAUUACGAUAAAGUAGCACCUAAAAUGACCAAAAGAGUUCAAACAUUUUUUUGGAUAUUCUCCUCAAUGAUUACAUUAAAAAUGAUCAGAAAAAAUAAGAAAAUUAAGCCAUCGAUGAGGUUAUCUAGCAAUUUAUCACUUUGUUAUUUGCAGGUACUGACUCAACAGCUGUUUUAUCCUAUCACUGUCUUUACUAUUUAUCAAUACAUCCAGAGUUUCAACAAGAAGUUAGAGAUGAAAUUCUAAGUAUAUGCCCAGAGGAAUAUAUUGUUGAAGAUAAAUUGAAAUAAUUAAGCAAAUUAUCUGCCUUUAUUAAUGAAGUCCUAAGAUUAAAAAAUCCAGCAGUUAACCUAUUAAUGAGAAAUAGUACCUAAACCCAUUAAGUAAAAGACCUGACAAUACAAAAAAGUAUCUCUAUUUAUUAAAAUUUAGAUUGGAGAGUAAUUAUUAAUUUCUAGUUCUAAUUACUUUCAGAAAAAAAUUUUAAAAACCCAAAUGAUUUUGAUUAUAAGAGAUGGCUAAGCCCUUCACCAAUUCUUUGUAAUAAUGAUUUUGUUUACCUUCCUUUCUCUUCUGGUCAAAGGAAUUGUAUUGGUUAGCAUAUGGCAUUGAUGGAAGCAAAAAUUAUUCUGUCUUAAAUUUUAAAAUAGUAUUAUAUAGAACCAAAUAAGGAGGUUAAUCCUAAUUGGAAUUUAAGAUUCAUCUUACAGUUAUAACCUGGUAACUGUAUGAAAUUAUUUAAAAUGAUAGAAAAAUAGGAUUGA